UCUUCUUCUUCCAUUCCCCUUUCUUUCGUGCCAGAAUUGCUUUUUCUUGAUCGCGCGGACUCCGCUGCCUCGGGACCUGUGCUCUAUUUUCCUCCCGUAUUUCUGAACGACUUUUGAAGCGGGGAGAAAUCGGUGCUGGAAUGCUCCUCAUGGGAGGGAAGGUUGGCACGCAGCGCGCGUGACGGCUUUUCUAGACUGUUGGUUUUAGGUUUUUGUGUGCAGUUUGGUGCAAUUGGGUGCGCAGUGACCGGACGUUAGUGGUCGAGAGUGGGUUGGCUUUGUUUUCUUCAUUUUUUUGUUGUUUAAACUGUUUGUCAGCUGGAGUCGCAAAUGGUGAACUAAUUCGGUUGCGAAGAGAGAGCCUCUUGUCGUAUUAAUUUGAUAUACUGCGCUUGUCUGGUCUUAAACGUGGGAGUGGGGGAAUUGGGCGAGAGGGGUGAGGCUCGCGAUUGUUGUAAUUGUCGAUAGUUGUUGUUUCUCAAGCUGUUGAGAGCGUGUUGGGGGGGUCAUCUGCUCGUCUUUAGUGCCACACAGGUUGUGGUACAAAGCCCUGCUCUAUCGUUGCUGGGUUUGUGUUGUUUUUGAAGCGAAUGAACUACUGCGAAUGUUGGUGGAGAGGCAUGCAUGUUACGUCGGAGAGGAGGAGAGCGUGUGCCCGCCCCCUGCGCAUAUCAACUGCUUUAGCGUUUUGCCGUACAGGAUUUUUUUCCCCUCUUGGUUGAUCAUGUGAGAACGCAACGGCGCUAUUCGUACAACAUUUCCCAGCUGAAGAAGUGGUGCUGGGGAGUGGUGCAUGCUUGAUUAACCCACCUCAUUAGCUUCGUUUUGGGCUCAAGUGUGGAAAUGCUGGCCAGCGACAGGGAACUUCUAGUCUCUUCGCUCCCAUUUCCUGUAGCGCGUCCCAGUAACUGGGACAUAAUCGAAGCCGCGGACAAAGAAGGUCUCUUCUUCAUACUGUCUUACAGGAAUGCGAUAAGUGUUGCAGACGAAAUUAGGUGAAUUUUACCAAGAGGAGCUUGAGCUUCAAAGUAGAAGUUCAAAACAUAGUGUAGAGAACAGGGAGUUAGCGGGAUGGUCUUGUUGUCAAGUAUUGCAAGGGUAGAGAGCAGUAGAUAAGACCUUAAGACUGAGAUGGAGCAAACAAGAAGUUGGUUCAAUCGGUUUCAACCCAGAGGUGAUAGGAUUAAGAGUAACGAGUCUAAGAAAAAUGGAUCGGCGGGAUCGGAGAGCGGCAAGGAUCCUCUUAAAAGCCCUCGACCUGAUGCUAAUGCGAGCGAUGAGUUGCCUUCAAGCAUCACCAGGCAGAAAGUGGCAGCCGCUAAGCAGUACAUUGAAAAUCACUACAAAUCACAAAUGAAGAACUUGCACGAGCGAAAGCUAAGACGUUGGUCGUUGGAGCGGAAGCUGGCUGAUGCAGACGUUACAGAGGAGGAGCAGAAUAAUCUGCUCAAGGAUCUUGAGAGAAAAGAAACGGAGUACAUGCGCUUGCAACGCCACAAAAUGGGAGUAGAGGAUUUUGAACUUCUGACCAUCAUUGGGCGCGGAGCAUUUGGCGAGGUGAGGUUGUGCAGAGAGAAAACAAGUUCUACAGUCUAUGCCAUGAAAAAACUGAAGAAGUCUGAGAUGCUUCGAAGAGGCCAGGUGGAGCAUGUAAAAGCAGAGAGAAAUUUGCUUGCAGAGGUCGAUAGCAAUUGUAUUGUGAAGUUGUAUUGCUCGUUUCAAGAUGAGGAGUAUUUGUAUUUGAUCAUGGAGUAUUUGCCUGGAGGAGACAUGAUGACGCUUCUCAUGCGGAAGGACACAUUGUCUGAAGAUGAAGCUAGAUUCUAUGUUGGGCAGUGUGUUUUGGCUAUUGAGUCAAUCCACAAGCACAAUUAUAUACAUAGGGAUAUCAAGCCGGAUAAUCUGCUCUUGGAUAAGAACGGACACAUGAAGUUAUCCGAUUUUGGCCUUUGUAAGCCUUUAGACUGUUCCAACUUGCCUGCAUUGCAAGAGUACGAGCUAAAUCAAAAUAACACCAAAGAUCCUCUAAAUCCCAGGCAGCAUAGAUCUGCUUCACCCGGACCAAGGCGAACACAGCAGGAACAGCUACUUCACUGGCAAAGGAACAGACGAAUGCUGGCAUAUUCAACAGUCGGCACUCCAGAUUAUAUUGCUCCUGAAGUACUGCUGAAGAAAGGCUAUGGGAUGGAGUGUGACUGGUGGUCACUAGGAGCAAUCAUGUACGAGAUGCUGGUUGGUUACCCCCCUUUCUACUCUGAUGAACCCAUGACAACUUGUCGCAAGAUCGUCAAUUGGAGAAAUAAUUUAAAGUUCCCAGACGAAGCUAAACUCGCACCUGAGGCGAAGGAUAUUAUCAGUAGAUUGUUGUGUGACGUGGAGCACCGCCUAGGGACUAGGGGUGUCGCGGAGAUUAAGAAUCAUCCAUGGUUCAAAGGAUUGCCAUGGGAAAGGUUAUAUGAAAUGGAGGCCGCUUUUAAACCGGAAGUGAAAGAUGAGUUGGAUACUCAGAAUUUUGAGAAAUUUGAAGAGAAUGAUUCCCAAAUACCAUCAUCUACCAGAUCAGGACCAUGGAGAAAGAUGCUGUCAUCAAAGGACGUCAACUUUGUGGGCUAUACUUACAAGAAUUUCGAGAUUGUCCAAGAUGUCAAUAUACCUGGAAUUGCGGAGCUGAAAAAAAAGGGAAAGCCAAAGAGGCCAUCAAUCAAGACCCUCUUCGAUGCUCAAGGAGGCCUCAAUGGUCACAUCCAAGGCAGCUUUCUGUGUCACUUGCCCACACCUAUUGAGAUUUCCGAAAGCCCAGAAACGUCACCUUCUGGCAGCAUUUCUUCACCCCCUCGAUCAAACGCAAGCUACUACAAAUCACUACCACCGAUGUAUCCAUGUCAAAGUAACACCCGAUAGAUAGUUAUACCUCUUCAUUCUUUUCAAAGCAUUGUGCAAUUGCCAGGCACCCAGUAACAUGUCUGUAUGCCUACUUCGUGAGGCUUUGCAUUUUCUGUACCUUGUCCCAAAGGGCUCACUGCAGGACUGACAUGCGACAGUUAUAGGAAAUGAACACUUACACUUUGUCAAUAUGACGAGUGAGUUGGUUGUAAAUGGUAUGCAUUUAGGUACACCGAUAUGGUAACAAACACAAAGACCAUACAAAUAAGCCUCACUUUUUUCUUUUUCUUUUUUCUCUUCUAGAAUGACACCAGUAGUUUCUUACCCAUGUUAUAUCUUUGGGCUGAUGCUUCCCCUCAAAAGUUUUAGCUGAUUUUAUUUGAAAAGAAGUAGAUGUUUGGAUAAGUUUGUAUCCACUUCCAAUUAUAUUUGUUAGUUUUUUAGGAAUUAUUAUUGUAGCACUUUGCAUAUUUGUGUCAUAAAAUUUGAUCUUCAUAA